AUGAUGUUCUUUGAUAAAUCAAAAGACUUUCAGAUAGGAAAAGAUGUCAACAGGCAUAUUGAAAUUGCUUCAAAAUACCAAUUACCUUCAAAUUCGGUCCCAGAUUUAUACACUGAGGAUUUGUCUGAAGUCGAAGAUGAUGACUUUCAGAUAGAAAAAGAAGUAGAUGAACACUUGAAAAGUACUGAAGAUGUCAACAAGCAUAUUGAAAUCGCUUCAGAAUACCAAUUACCUUCAAAUUCGGUCCCAGAUUUAUACACUGAGGAUUUGCCUGAAGUCGAAGAUAAUGAUAACGAGAAACCGAUCAUACAAUUUGUUAAACAUCUUUCAAACAAAGUUGUUGACGUGGGGGAGUCAAUCGCUCUUGCUUGUGAGCUCAACAAAGAUGAUUGUCAUGCCAUUUGGUCGAAAAAUGGUAAACACCUUACGGACAUGGACUCUAACUACAUUUUAGCAGCGAACAAAUGCAGCCAUUUCCUUAUUGUUCCAAGUGCAACGACAGAAGACAGCGGCACGUACUCUUGUUCAUACAAAAAUCAGUCAACAUCUGCUUCCGUUAUAGUGUCCAAUCUGAUAAUCAUGAAAAGUUCUGAUUACGUGGAAACAGAUGAGAGGUGA